GGAUUGACGAUCCGUCCGGCCAAUAGAGGACGCUGAGUCGGCGGGUGGAUGAACGCGGCCCUCUGUAAUGGCGGAGCGUGGCGGGGACGGGGGGGACGGUGAGCGAUUCAACCCGGGGGAGCUCAGGAUGGCUCAACAGCAGGCCUUGAGGUUCCGAGGCCCGGCUCCCCCACCAAACGCAGUGAUGCGAGGCCCACCACCUCUCAUGCGACCUCCUCCACCUUUUGGUAUGAUGCGAGGCCCUCCUCCACCACCUCGGCCUCCAUUUGGACGUCCUCCUUUUGAUCCUAAUAUGCCACCGAUGCCUCCUCCAGGAGGGAUUCCUCCACCUAUGGGCCCUCCACACCUCCAGAGACCACCUUUCAUGCCUCCACCCAUGGGAACCAUGCCUCCUCCUCCUGGUAUGAUGUUUCCACCAGGAAUGCCUCCUGUGACUGCUCCUGGUACUCCAGCACUGCCUCCUACUGAGGAGAUAUGGGUUGAAAAUAAAACUCCAGAUGGGAAGGUUUAUUAUUAUAAUGCUCGAACACGUGAAUCUGCGUGGACCAAGCCAGAUGGAGUUAAGGUUAUUCAGCAGUCAGAACUGACACCUAUGCUUGCAGCCCAGGCACAGGUUCAGGCCCAGGCCCAGGCCCAGGCCCAGGCGCAGGCGCAGGCACAAGCUCAAGCUCAGGCCCAGGCCCAGGCCCAGGCUCAGGCCCAGGCCCAGGCCCAGGCGCAAGCACAGGCCCAGGCCCAGGCCCAGGCGCAGGCGCAGGUGCAGGCGCAAGUGCAAGCACAAGCAGUAGGAGCUUCCACCCCUACGACCAGUAGCCCAGCACCUGCAGUGUCCACUUCAACAUCAUCAUCCACCCCAUCCUCUACCACUUCUACCACAACAACUGCCUCUUCGGUCUCGCAGACAGUAUCAAAGUUUCCAGUUUUUCUAAUUGAGGAAGCAAGAAUAAUGCAUGUGAAACAAUUAGAGAAUAGCGUGCAAAAUUAUGCAGCGAAAAUAGAAGAUAUAAGAAUUCACGAAAACGGAGAGACAACACCUACAACACAAGAUCAGACCCCAAGUUCUGCUGUUUCAGUUGCCACGCCUACAGUUAGUGUUUCAACUCCUGCUCCUACAGCCACACCUGUGCAAACCGUUCCCCAGCCGCACCCCCAGACGUUACCUCCUGCCGUUCCUCACUCAGUACCUCAGCCAGCAGCAGCAAUACCUGCUUUUCCACCAGUAAUGGUACCUCCGUUUCGUGUUCCCCUUCCUGGCAUGCCAAUUCCACUUCCAGGUGUAGCAAUGAUGCAAAUAGUCAGCUGCCCGUAUGUAAAGACAGUCGCUACCACCAAGACCGGUGUAUUGCCAGGAAUGGCCCCUCCUAUCGUACCCAUGAUACAUCCCCAGGUUGCUAUUGCAGCUUCACCUGCUACUUUAGCUGGAGCAACAGCAGUUUCUGAGUGGACUGAAUAUAAAACAGCAGAUGGGAAGACAUACUAUUAUAAUAAUAGAACAUUAGAAUCAACCUGGGAAAAGCCCCAAGAGCUAAAGGAAAAAGAAAAAUUAGAGGAGAAGAUUAAAGAGCCAAUUAAAGAACCUUCUGAAGAACCUUUGCCAAUGGAGACAGAGGAGGAGGACCCUAAAGAAGAGCCAAUAAAAGAGAUAAAGGAGGAGCCCAAAGAAGAGGAGAUGACUGAAGAAGAAAAGGCUGCCCAGAAGGCAAAGCCAGUAGCUACUACACCUAUUCCUGGUACUCCAUGGUGUGUUGUUUGGACUGGUGAUGAGAGGGUCUUCUUUUAUAAUCCUACCACCCGUCUUUCUAUGUGGGACCGACCUGAUGAUCUGAUUGGAAGGGCAGAUGUUGAUAAAAUUAUUCAGGAGCCCCCUCACAAAAAAGGAAUGGAAGAAGUGAAGAAACUAAGGCACCCGACCCCGACAAUGCUGUCCAUCCAAAAGUGGCAAUUCUCUAUGAGUGCAAUUAAAGAAGAACAAGAAUUAAUGGAAGAAAUGAAUGAAGAUGAACCUGUUAAAGCCAAAAAACGGAAGAGAAUGUCAAAGAAGUCCUUUAUGUGGAUUGCCCGAGCUUCUCUAUUUAGGAGAGACGAUAAUAAAGACAUUGAUUCAGAGAAAGAAGCUGCCAUGGAAGCUGAAAUUAAAGCUGCCCGAGAAAGGGCCAUUGUCCCUCUGGAGGCCCGAAUGAAGCAGUUCAAGGACAUGCUGCUAGAGAGAGGGGUGUCUGCUUUUUCAACAUGGGAGAAGGAGUUGCACAAGAUAGUUUUUGAUCCCCGGUACUUACUGCUCAAUCCUAAAGAGAGAAAACAGGUAUUUGAUCAGUAUGUAAAGACCAGGGCAGAGGAAGAACGCAGGGAAAAGAAAAACAAAAUAAUGCAAGCCAAGGAAGAUUUCAAAAAAAUGAUGGAAGAAGCAAAAUUUAAUCCAAGAGCUACUUUUAGUGAAUUUGCAGCCAAGCAUGCUAAAGAUUCAAGAUUCAAAGCAAUUGAAAAGAUGAAAGAUCGAGAAGCCUUGUUUAAUGAAUUUGUGGCAGCUGCGAGGAAGAAAGAGAAAGAAGAUUCGAAGACCAGAGGUGAGAAGAUUAAGUCGGAUUUCUUUGAACUAUUAUCUAAUCAUCACUUGGACAGUCAGUCUCGAUGGAGCAAAGUAAAAGACAAAGUAGAGAGUGAUCCUCGUUACAAAGCAGUGGACAGUUCAUCAAUGAGAGAAGACCUUUUCAAACAGUACAUUGAAAAAAUAGCCAAGAAUUUAGACUCAGAAAAAGAAAAGGAGCUUGAAAGGCAAGCCCGCAUUGAGGCAAGCCUUCGAGAACGAGAAAGAGAGGUUCAAAAGGCUCGUUCAGAACAAACAAAAGAAAUAGAUCGAGAGAGAGAGCAACACAAACGAGAAGAAGCUAUCCAGAAUUUCAAGGCUCUUCUGUCUGAUAUGGUACGUUCUUCAGAUGUGUCAUGGUCUGAUACGCGGAGGACUCUUCGGAAAGAUCACCGCUGGGAAUCUGGAUCCUUGUUGGAAAGAGAGGAGAAAGAGAAGCUUUUUAAUGAACACAUUGAAGCACUUACCAAAAAGAAGAGGGAGCACUUUAGGCAACUUCUGGAUGAAACUUCUGCGAUUACCUUAACGUCCACGUGGAAAGAAGUAAAAAAAAUCAUUAAGGAAGAUCCUCGGUGCAUUAAGUUCUCCUCCAGUGACAGGAAAAAACAAAGAGAAUUCGAAGAAUACAUCAGAGACAAAUACAUCACAGCCAAAGCUGACUUCAGGACGCUUUUGAAAGAGACCAAAUUUAUAACAUAUAGAUCCAAAAAGCUAAUCCAGGAAUCGGAUCAGCACCUGAAAGAUGUAGAAAAAAUUUUGCAGAAUGACAAACGGUAUCUAGUACUAGACUGUGUGCCCGAGGAGAGGCGUAAACUGAUUGUGGCCUACGUGGAUGACCUGGAUCGCCGGGGUCCACCCCCGCCUCCCACAGCGUCAGAGCCUACGAGACGGUCAACAAAAUAAUUCUGAAUACUCUGCCACAGGGGUAUCUGUUAAUUCAAAACGCUUGCAUGAGCCAAUUUUCAGGUUUUUACAUGUAUGUGCAUUAGUCAAACUAUUGCAAAACCAUCUGAUGAACAGACGGAGAAGCAUUCGUGAACAGUUUCUGAACAGAGAACACUUUGGAAAUAUUUAUGCUUUUCUUUGUGUGGCAUGACUGACAUACAUACUCAAACGUAGGCUGUCUAGUAAAUCUAAAAUCUUGAAGCUAAAAAUCAUCCUUUUAUGAGGUGUGGAAAUCAGUGACCUUUGGUGACGUUCUUUCUAGCAGUGUUACACAUGCAAGACGUAAGAGCGUUUGUGGUUUGAACUUGCAAGAUGCAAGUACCACAGACUCCAGAAAAACCUAAGUUGGAGUUUGUUUUGUUUUGAUUUUGUUUCUUAAAGCGGGUAAAAGAAAAAACACUGAAAAUUGAAUUCUUAUCUUCCAGAGGCUAAGAUUAUUAUAAUGGACAUACUUUUACCUUUGUCUCUAAAGAACACUUUCGUUUUAUUUGUUCACUUAUGUGCUUUGAUUAUCCCUUUGGAUUAUAGGCCACGUCUUGUUGUUUAGCCUAAGAGAAGAUUUAUUUAGUAAUUCUUCUCAGGUAUGGAAGCACGGUCAUAACUAACAUGUUGGUCAGACUAGGACUGCUGGUUAAAUACACUUUAUUCACCAUUAAGUGAUCUUUACCAAUAUUCUGGAUUAGACAACAAAUUACCUUUCUUGGGUGUUCCCUGUAAAGUAUACUCUUGUUUGAAUGUUAAAUUUUUGUUUCUAAAGUUUAAUUUUAAGAUGUUUGAAUGUUCAGUUUAUGUAUUUGAACUACAAUAAACCAGCCCUUUUUAUAUA